AUAAUACCAAGUUGACAAAACUAAUCAUGUUCCGCUCAUCACGUUACCAUAUGCUGAUAACAAAAGUAACGGCAUUCCUUUCAUUCGACUUUUGAGGCUUAAUUUUACUGAGAGGAAAAAGACAGUACUAGAUUGAUAGACACAUUCCAAUAGUCUAGCAGUAUCAGAUGAGAGUGAAAUGGCAGAAACUGCAGUAUUAUUUGCCCUUGAUGAAGUGUUCCGAUUCCUAAAAGAAGAAACAAAUCUUCUAAAAGGUGUACACACAGAAUUUUCAGACAUCAAAGAUGAACUUGAGAGCAUUCAAGUCUUCCUCAAAGAUGCAGAUAGAAGAGCAGCAGAUGAAGCAGACACAAAUGAUGGAAUUAGAACUUGGGUAAAGCAGCUGCGCGAAGCAUCAUUUCGCAUUGAAGAUAUCAUCGAUGAAUACCAUCGGCUGAUGCAUAUGGCAAAAUCCAGUCCUCCUGGAUGCGGUGGAUCUUCAUUCUACAAGAUUGCAAGCCUGGUCAAAACUUUGAUUCCCCGUCAUCAUAUAGCAUCUAAGAUCCGAGACAUUAAGGUGUCGGUUCGCGGAAUCAAGGAAAGAAGUGAGAGGUAUAACUUACAAAUUUCACAUGAACAAGGAUCAUCAAGCCGCAACAGCACUAGAGAGACAGAAAAUGGAAGAUGGCGUGAUCCUCGACUGUCUUCCCUUUUUAUUGAAGAAAGAGAAAUUGUAGGAUUUGAAUUCCCAAGAGAAGAAAUGUCUGUUUGGUUAUUGGAGGGUGUAGCUGAGCGCACGGUGAUUUCGGUGGUAGGAAUGGGAGGUCUAGGAAAAACCACUCUUGCCAAGCUAGUUUUUGAUAGCCAAACGGUAACAACACACUUUGAUUGUCGUGCUUGCAUCGCAGUUUCUCAAUCAUACACUGUGAGAGGGUUGAUGAUAAACAUGAUGGAGCAAUUUUGUCAGGAAACUGAAGACCCUCUUCCAAAUAAGUUACGCAAAUUGGAUGACAAAUCACUGAUUGUAGAAGUGAGGCAAUACCUGCAACAUAAGAGGUAUUUGAUAUUCUUUGAUGAUGUAUGGCAAGAAGAUUUUUCUGACCAGGUUGAAUUUGCUAUGCCUAACAACAAUAAAGGUAGUAGGAUCAUAAUCACAACUAGAAUGAUGCAAGUUGCAGAUUUUUUCAAGAAAUCCUUUCUAGUUCAUGUUCACAACUUGCAACUUUUGACUCCAAACAAAGCAUGGGAACUCUUCUGCAAGAAAGUAUUUAGAUUCGAUCUUGAUGGGCACUGUCCACCGGAGCUUGAGGCUAUGUCAAUAGAUAUUGUUCGAAAAUGCAAGCAGCUACCUUUGGCAAUUGUAGCUAUUGGCGGUCUACUUUCAACAAAAUAUAAAACAAUAAUGGAAUGGGAAAAGGUGAGUCAAAAUCUGAGCUUGGAGUUGGGACGUAAUGCCCAUUUAACAAGUCUAACAAAGAUUUUAUCACUGAGUUACGAUGGCUUGCCCUACUACUUGAAACCCUGCAUUUUGUAUUUUGGUAUAUAUCCAGAGGACUACUCUAUUAAUCAUAAGAGAUUAACUCGACAAUGGAUAGCUGAAGGGUUUGUUAAAUCAGAUGAGAGAAGAACUCCAGAGCAUAUAGCAGAGGAAUACUUGUAUGAAUUGAUUCACAGAAGUCUGGUUCAGGUCUCAAAUGUUGGCUUUGAAGGAAAAGUUCAAAUAUGUCAAGUCCAUGAUUUAUUGCGGCAAGUGAUCAUUAGGAAAAUGAAGGAUUUAAGUUUUUGUCAUUCUGUGCGUGAAGAUAACGAAUCAAUCGCGGUUGGAAAAACUAGACGUCUAUCUAUAGUCACUACUCCCGACAAUGUUCAGAAGAGCGCUAACAAUUCACAUUUCCGUGCUAUUCAUGUUUUCGAAAAAGGUGAACCGUUGGAGCAUAUCAUGGAUAAGCUUUGUUCAAAGUCUAGUAUUUUGAAGGUAUUUGACAUUCAAGGUACAUCCUUGCAUCAUAUUCCUAAAAAUUUGGGGAAUCUUUUUCACUUAAGGUACUUAAACCUAAGGAAUACAAAAAUACAGGCUCUUCCUAAAUCUGUUGGUGAACUGCAGAACUUAGAGACAUUGGAUUUAAGGGACACACUUGUGCGUGAGAUACCAAGUGAAAUAAACAAGCUCAAAAAGCUAAGGCACCUUCUUGCUUUCCACCGUAACUACGAAGAAAAGUAUUCUCUUUUAGGCUUUACAACGGGUGUGUUCGUGGAAAAAGGUAUUAAAAACUUGACUUCCCUUCAAAACCUUUAUUAUGUGGAGGUAGAUCAUGGGGGGGUAGAUCUCAUUCAAGAGAUGAAAAUGUUAGGGCAGUUAAGGAGGUUAGGUUUAAGGCAUGUGAGAAGAGAACAUGGGAAUGCCUUAUGUGCUGCAAUAGUAGAAAUGAAACACCUUGAAAAUCUUAAUAUCACUACAAUAGGUGAAGAUGAAACAAUUAACUUGAACUUCGUCUCGUCUCCACCCCAGCUUCGACGACUUCAUUUGAAAGCUAAACUAGAUUCAUUGCCUGAAUGGAUCCCAAAACUGGAGUAUCUUGUUGAGAUAAAGCUGGCUUUAUCUCAGUUGAAAAAUGAUCCAUUACAGUCACUGAAAAACUUGCCAUAUUUGUUGAAAUUCGGUCUAUGGGACAACGCCUAUGAUGGUGAAAUUUUACAUUUUCAGAAUGGCGGGUUUUUAAAAUUGAGGAAACUAGAUCUCAGUCGCUUGAAUAGAGUACAUACUGUCCUUAUAGACGAAGGAACUUUGAUCUCUCUUGAAUAUCUUACCAUGGACAGAAUACCCCAGCUGAAGGAGGUACCCUCAGGCAUCAGAUCCUUGGAUAAACUCAAAGCUAUUAACUUCACUGAAAUGCCAGCUGAAUUUGUUGAAAGCGUUGAUCCAGACAAAGGAAAAGACUACCGGAUAAUCAAGCAUGUUCCUCUUGUAUCCAUUCAUCACUCGAGUGGCCCAAAAUUCUUUGAUUAUGCCAUUCGCACUAUUCACUCGUCUUCCAUUGAGUCACAAGAAAAUUGAGAAUGAUUUUUUUGCCUACCGAGCUUCAAAAUAUGAAGAAAUUUGGUUCUCAAUGAUAUUACGCGAAGAUGACGUACUUUGUUCUAAGGUGCUUCAGUUUAAAGUAAAUAUUUUCUUCUCACCCUGCAAUAAUCAAGAAAAGACUGUGUGGAUUCCAUUCACUGAAUGACUUUGGCGUCUUUUUUCUUUUUAUCAUUUGAGGUGUUUUAUAAUUUGAUUGUGGAAGUUUUGAUUCAAAAUCUUGUAAUCAAGACGUAUAUCUAGACUCCAUUCGGACGUCAUUUUGUAUGGUCUUGUAUGGUCUAAACUUGCCCCUAGACCUAGUUUAUGCUCUCUA